CUGGUCUCCUAACAAAGGUAGCAACAAUUGUUGUUUUGUUUUUCCCAAAAAUGAGCUGGCGAGACAGUCUGACCAGCAUUCCGGGCACGGUGGCCCAGCUGAUCAACGAGAGCGCCAGCACCCUGAUGCACGUCUCCAGCUCGCUGGGAUCGGCAGUCGGAUCCAGUGGAUCCGAAACCGGGGGCUCCGAGGAGAGUGGUCCGCAGGGCGGCGAGUACAGGGCCCUGCCCAUUCCCGCCUCCCUGGUGCGCGAGCAGUGGCGCCUGAUCUUCACCAGCGAUGCCAAUAGCCAGGACCUCCAGGCGGCCAUUGCCCAUUGCCGGGAUCUCGUCCUGCUGAGCGAGGAGCUCAGCGAGGAGCGACGCUGGCUGGUGCGGCAUUUGGUGGAUCUGCGGUACUCGCUGCAGGAACUGGAGGAGGCCCAGGAGCAGCAGUCCGACAUGGUCGUCAUGAACGCCAUCCGGGCGGUGGUGGGCCAUCACUUUGUGCCCCACCAUCCGCAUCACGGCAAGCGGAGUCGCCUGCAGGCGGCGGCCAGGAGGAACUACUGUGACCACUGCACCACCAUCAUUUGGAGCGUGGUGCAGAGCUCGUAUGUGUGCAGCGAUUGUGGGUUCCUCGUCCAUCAGAAGUGCAUCGAUGGCGUGAAGAGGGUGUGUGCCCAUGUCCUGGUCUCCGAGCGCCAACAUCCCAUCUCGGAGAUCUGCCCCGAAAUUGGGCUGGCUGCCCAGGGAUACAAGUGCGCCGAGUGCGGAACUAUGCUUAAUAUAAAAAACACCUGGAUUGAGCCGCGUCUUUGCGACUAUAGUGGCUUGUACUACUGUCCUCGCUGCAAUUGGAACGACAGUAACUUUAUACCGGCCCGCAUAAUCCACAACUGGGACUUCUCGCCCCGCCGAGUAUCGCGAACGGCGCUGCAGGAGAUCAGGCUGUUCCUGAACAAACCGCUUAUCCGGCUGGAGGAGGACAAUCCCAAGCUGUUUGUGUUCGUGGAGAAGCUGAGUGCGGUGAAGAAGCUGCGCCAGAAUCUGGUGCACAUGCGCCACUAUCUGGCCGCCUGCAGGAUGGCCAGUGAACUGAAGCUGGUGGAUCAGCAGCUGGGCGGCCGGCGACACUUGGCGCAGUCGAAUGAGUUCUAUUCGCUGUGGGAUCUCUCGCAGGUGGAGAGCGGCGCGCUCACCGAAUUCCUGCAGGCAGUUUUCAAGGAGUUUAAUAAUCACAUUAGAUCCUGUCCCAUGUGCCUGGCUCAGGCGUACAUCUGCGAGAUUUGCAGCAACGACGAGGUUAUCUUCCCCUUCGACGACGGCUGCAUCAAGUGCGAUCAGUGCAACUCCAUCUUCCACCGCGUUUGCCUCACGCGCAAAAAUAUGAUUUGCCCCAAGUGCGUGCGCAUUCAAGAGCGGCGACUGCAAUUGGAUCGCCUGAAGAGCAGCGAGAAUGACGACGACGACGAAGUGUCCACCGAUGAUGACGUGGCUGCCGCGGAAUGAAU